AUGAGCGACGCGCCAGACGAGGGUGUAGUAGGACCGCUGGAUCUUUCUGAAGACGAGAAGCGAGCAUUGGCGCUCUACGACCAGCUCCGGAGCAUACGGCUCGAGAUUGGCCUUUUAAAGGCGCGGGAAUCGUUCACAGGAGUUGUCGGUGAAGGAGAUAUUGCGGCUAGACAAAGACAAUUGCUGGAGGCACGCGCCUCUUACGUUUUGCGUAACGAAGUGGUCGACAGCGUCCUGACAGUCAAUGCUGUCCUCAAAGCUGUGCACGGCGCUACGCAAGCCUCGCCCAUCGAGCGGGAUCUUUUACCGGCCAUCAAACAGAGAGACGCUGCGUCCAAGGCCGUUGCGCAAGAAUCGUCUGCGCGGCGCGAAGCUCAUGACGAGAGUGCGACGGUGGCGGCAGAGCUCCGCCAAUUGGAGAAACAAAACGCUCGUCUCGCAGCGGAAGUACGGGAGCUUGCGCUGGCAAUAGCAGCAACGGACCAGCUAGGUCCAGCGACAGCAGGCGACGAGGGAGACAUGGACGAGGCGAUCUUGGAGCGGAAGAAGCUGUUAUCAGGCGUCAAGACGAGCCGGCAGCGCUGGACGCUAAUCAAAGGCGCUGCAAGUGCUAUCAUUGUCGGGAGUGGAGUCGACUGGACAAAAGAGGUAGCUCUCAGUGAUAUUGUCCUCGACUCGGAAUGA